CGAUAAGGAGAAACUGUGAAUCAGUAGAAAAAAUGAAAGAGGCUAUAUGGGCUACCUAUUAUCACUAUAGCUCUACAGAUACAAAACCUCAGCACGAUAACUGCCCAAAAGGUCCAGACUCUUGGUGCGCUUGGCAACGAGCAUCAGCUACAAAUACUCUUUCAUCAUUUAAACAUGAGUAUACUCCAUUACCAGAUGAAGUUUUGAUUGCUAUGAAACCAAUAUAUGAUGAUCUCAGUAAGGAUGAGCUUCUUGAACGGUGUGUUGGUGGUUUCACACAAAAUAACAACGAGAGCUUCAACCAGUUGAUCUGGAAAAUUACUCCAAAAAUACUUCCUGCUGGUUCAAAGAUUGUUAAUAUUGCGGCAUUGGUCGCUGCUUGUAUCUUCAAUGAAGGAACAUCAGCUUUAUUAUUGAUUAUGCACGGUAUGGAUUUAAAAUUAGGCCGAAACUCCCACGAAUAUGCCCGAAUUUCGGAUGAAAACCGUGUAUGCGCAGCCGAAAAAAAAUCUGCGAGCGAGACUCGCGAAGCCAGAAUCCGUCAUCGACAGGAGCAAAAGGAUGCCCUGGACAUUGCAACUGCUGCAGGAUCUUUACUUUAUGGCCCAGGAAUCGACGAUUCACUAUGAUUUUGUCAGGAGUUAUGCUGACAACGCAGACGCACCUUUUUUCCGAGGGGUCACCGGAAAUGACGUCACAAUGGAGGAGUUUUAAUUUUUUUUUUUUUGAAAAUUUUAGAAAUUAUUCUUUAAAUAUGUAUCUAUAA